CACACCAGCCAAUUCAGAUCAGCGUGCAACUCUCAUCACUAUAAAAAUCACCGCCAUCAUUAUUAGGCUCGCAAACAUCCCACAACUCUCUGUUUGACUGGCCGAGGUGAAAGCAAACCCUCUGAGAGCGCUCGUGUCAGCGGAGAUGUUGGCAGGUGCGUUAGUUCUAGGCACCAUCCUUACAGUUUUACCAGGUUCUCAGAGCAGGUGGAGUGUGUCAUUUUCCAGGAAGCAGAUCUGUGUGUGGGCAGGAACCACUGUCACUCUGCCCUGUCGUUAUGACUACCCAUCAGGUCACACUGUGACGCGUGUUAUGUGGUUCCGUGUGUCUGAUGAGGGUCGCAGGGAGUUCACCCACCACACUGACCCAAACCAGAUCAGCAUGUCGUACCGUGGACGCACACGCUAUUUUGGGGGUAGCUAUUCCAGCUGUUCAGUCCAGAUUCGCGGUGUGAAGCUGAGCGAUGCGGGCCAGUAUCACUUCAGGUUUGAGACGGAUCAGCCACUGGGGAGAUGGACCUCCCCUGACACCAUCACUCUGGCUGUAACAGACCUCCAGGUCCAAGUGCAUCCAGCCAGGCCUGGCAAUAUGUUCGGCUUUGGAGAGACAGUGUUUGUGGGCUGCCAGGCCAGAGGGUGUGCUGCCCCAGGAAGGAGCCUUGCACUAUAUAGGAAUGGGCUAAACCUCGGCUCUUAUGAGAAAUGGAUGAUCAUUAACCGCUUUGACCAGCAGCAUGCUGGAGCAUACACCUGUCGACCGAUCCCACCCCAGAAUGUACAGUCUCCGUCCCUCUCACUGGCUCUGGGACAUGGCCCUCGUUACACCUCCAUCACAGUCUUUCCCAUAGGUGAGGCGUCAGAGGGCGGCUCUGUCACUCUGACCUGCAGCAGCGACGCAGCUCCGCCUGUCGAGAGCUUCGCUUGGUUCAAAGACAUGGAGAGUGGAAGCAUCCCAGAUAGUUUCAGACCUCAGCUCCACCUGUCCAACCUCAAGUACACAGACAGAGGAGAGUAUUUCUGUGUAGCGCGUAACUCACUGGGAACGGAUCGCUCCAGAGCGCUUCUACUCAAUGUCACGUACUCUCCAAAGAACACCCAUGUGCUGGUGAGUCCUCGAGGGGACAUCAGAGAAGCCUCAUUUGUAAACCUGAGCUGUAUCAGUCUUGCAAACCCUCCUGCCAACAGGUAUGCUUGGUAUCGUAUCAUAGGUGACCAGGUGAUAUCUAAAGGUAACUUCCAGAUCCUGACGUUCCCAUCUGUGCGUGCUCACCAUGCUGGUCAGUACUACUGCAGAGCUUCAAACGCAUUAGGAUACCAAACCUCACCUGUCGCUACUCUCACUGUGCUGUACCCCCCUAAGAACACAUCAGUUCUGGCUCGUCCCUCCAGUGUUGUGGAUGCCGGCCGACCUUUGACUUUGACCUGCAGCACUCAGGCUAACCCAGCAGUGGAUAACUUCACAUGGCACCGUUUAGCUCUGGAUGGAGGCUCUUUGCAAUCUUGGGUCACUAAAUCUGGUCCUGUCUUUACCAUCUCGGAAGUUGGCCCCAGUGCGAGCGGUCAGUACUACUGUGAGGCCAGGAAUCGAAUCGGAGCCCACAGUUCUCCAGUCCUGACCGUAAGAGUCAGAGGUCGUUUAAAGGUCAUUGCCUUGGCUUCAGCAGUGGGCGUGUCUGCUGGACUCAUCACUCUCACGGUGGCUGUUAUGAUCAGUAAGAACAUGCACAGAGUAGACACAGAGUCACUAGAAGUGACAAACAAGAGUCCACCAGGGGCAGCUGACACGGUGUUCUAUGAGUCAGCUGAACACACCUUCCCAGUGAGGAAGGGCAAGAUGUGCGACAUACUGGAGGAACCAGAGGACUUGAGUGACAGCUCCCAUCCGUCCAUUGUUCCUCUGAAUGAUGCACCACCAAUCACAGAAGUUCAAAGUUGCAGCCUUGCCUCCAACUACAUCACUGUGCACUACUCCAGGUUGUCCAGUACAGAUCAGGUGCAGGUGCACAACCUGCCAGUGGGUGGUGAUAAAAAACCGAAGGAUUCUUCCAAAGUUGUUUACACUUUACUGCCCCAGCAUCACCACUGAUCAGAAGGAUGAAGCCUCGGCUGAAUGAUGCUUCAGGUGGCCUGAUUUGAACAAAUCACUUUGCGUCUAUCCACCUGAGCGACAGGAAGCUCAUCCUGAUCACACUGUGCACCAUUCUGGGUCAGAAACUCUCCUGGAUUACGGAUUCAACAUAAGAGCUGCAUGUGUUCAGGAGUCCAGCUCCUAACUUUUCUGUUUCUUCCUGUGCAUCUUAACAGCAACAACACUGAACAGCUUUCUGCUUGCACUACUAUCCAUGAUGCAAGUUGCAAUAUUUCUGGUGUUGCUUUUUCAUUGAUACUUAACAAGGGAAUUUUCAACCAAGAAUAUGCAGAUGACAAAAUAUGAGCCAUUACUACUUUAUCAUUCACAGUGAUGAUUUGAAUGACAAUCAUUUUUGACAUGUAUAAAGGAAAUGCAGCAUUUAAGACUGAUGGGUUCCCACAACAAAUGAUUGUCUCCAGUAAAUUCGGAUGUUUAUUCAGUUGAUAGAGCUUGACUUAUAUCA